AUGAGCAUCACUGCGACAGCAACGUUUACCAGCUCCCUGAGUGACGAAUAUGUCGGGGUGGAAACUCCGCCUAUCGAACUUGAUGAGUCGCCCAUCACAAUUGGCAAUGCUAGGAUCAAGCCACACAAACAUGUCAAGACUGUCGCUUUGGAGGUCGAGGAGACAGUGCUGGGUGAAACCAUCACAGUCAUGGUUCCUUGUCUCACCUGGACACCGCCAUCGCCCAGUGUCUCUGACUCAAGCCUAUCCAUACGCAGCACGCCAACCGUACCCACGUCUCCCGUCUCCAACAGUCCAGAAGAACCCAUCACAUGGUGUACCCGUGACCUCUUAUACCUAACCAGCAUCCUCAAGCCCGACGAAACCGCCUCCAACACACUCGUCUUCACGCCCUCGCUCGAAGUCCUAGAAGCAAUCAACACCACCGAUGCAAUCCACCUACAGCUCCACAGCAAAACACGCGCAAGUCUACCCCCAAACCUCUCCACCCACGCAUAUUCCAAACACGCCCCAAUAGGUACCGGACGCCCCUCGCACCGCACGCUCCUCGCCUCAUCCCAUGCAAACAGCCGCUCCGCAUCCGCCGCCCGCCGCUCGCUCGCGCACGCCCUGCUCUCGGACGCGCGCGCCGUCGCCACAGAGCUGGAUAAAUGCAACCUCCUGCAAACAUUGCACCGCGUGCCGCUGCAGACUCUGCAAUCCAUGCUCCGCGCAAUGCACCUCAUGUCAUCUGUUCCCGACGCAGAAUGGCACGGCCGGCUGGCGCAGCUGCGGGCCGGCGUCGACGCCGCGAGUGGCGUCGAAGCACGGAUUGAGUUUUUCCUGCUGCAGAUGGGCAGGCGGGCGCUCGAGCGCUGGAUUAGCUGGGUCAAUGUUUGCUUGGAGAUUGUGGGGGAGCGCGAGAGGAGAAGCUGUGCGCGUGUGUGGAGGGAGGCGGCGAGGUUCCUGGUUAGGGCGUAUGAGGAGGUUGGGGGGUACUGA